AUGGGCCUUUAUGAAACGCUGCCUUCCCUCAAAAUAGUUUGUGUUCUCCAACCAGACUCAUAUGCACGAGAGGGCCAAUACCUGUACCUCGCGCGUCGGCACUACGCCUCAAAACUAUUACGAAAGCCACUAAGGACGGUUCAGGGUCUACUCAAGGGCUUGUUGAAGAAGCUACUCAGCACCUCGAGGCAUAUACGCGGAAGACGGGAGAAUCCCCUCAAGAGGAUCGUGUUCAAUAUUCCACCCAGGCAGCUUGGGAAUGCAGCCGGAGAAUGCGCGGUGAAACUUAUCGAGAUGCGCACACACCGAUAUCUACAAUGCUGUAGAGCACACCCGCCAUGGCGGGAGACUCAAUCCUCCAAGAACGGGAAGAAAUAUACUCUCGACGGGAACGAGACACCUUCGUGUGAUGUGCUGCGCGAUGAUAACUUGAGCGGGCCAUUCCCGAGCGCCUACUUCUGUAAUCGACUCACCAAUCCUCAAUGCUAG